CCAAAUCGAAUUUAAGUUAUAGUCGUUCAGGCUAUCCCAAACUAAACUAUACGCACUACAACUACCACUACAAUGUCUUUCCUCGCCCGCGCUACUCGCACCCCUGCGGCCACUCGCCUCUCUACUAUCACACCCACAUCCUCACGACUCCUUAGCACAACAGCCAUCCGCUCGUCAGGUCCCAUUGAUGCCACAAAAUCCACUCUCAAGAAAGCCGACCGGAAGGUGGCUGAUGCCGCCGUGAAGGGAAUUGAGACUGGCGAGGCCGCCGCAAACAAGAUCAAGGAAGCUGUUGGAUCUGGUCAGGCGCAGAAGGAAGCUAAGGAGAAGGCGGGCGAAUUGAAGGGAGACGCGGCUGAGUUGGCGGGCAAGGCAAAGGGAAAGGGUGAAGAAGUUGCCGGGGAGGCCAAGGGCAAGGCUAAAGAGGUUGCCGGGGAGUUCAAGUCAUGAAGGUUAUCACCGUGAGGGAUCGAGAGAAAAGCGUUAAGCUUAUCAUGCAUGUAUUUCUAAUGAUCGACUCAAUGAUAUGAUGUGACCAACCGUUGAUGAAGUAAUCGCGAUGUUUCUCAUUCAAAUCUAAUAAGUGAAGUGAAUGUUAUGUGUUCGGCUUGUCCAGCAUGAGAACGUACUCUCGAGAACUAUUUCCAAACUUCAGCAUAUCUUUAUCCCGCAAUUCCAUAUACCGUCCUGGCGGAGCUGGAUCCCCAUUAACAGUUGAUC